AUGUCGCAAAACAGAUGGAAAGUCGGGUCUCUUUUUCAGCAGGCCGUCGCAGGUGUGGAGUCGCGAUUGGACCAGAUGCUGGCCGAGGAAGAAGAUGCGAAGCGGCAACAGGCGAAACCGGCACCAGCGCAUUCGAGAUCGAACUCGCUAUCUAGCAACGUUUCCCGCAGUUCGUCAAGCGCAAAGAAGAACGAUCGGCUCCAAGAACGUCUAGCUCGUGCGAUGGCAAAGUCCAAUAGCCCUAACAACGCUCCUUCUUUGUCUUCACCCGCUGGUAUUUCUCCUGUUACAAGUCCAGUCCUGAGCAGUGACGCGCGCACAAGUAUGGACAUUGAGGCGAGUUUGGACUCUCUCUCCAAGGAUACAACGUCGCCUCCAGAUACAUCUUCAAGUCCGCCGGCGGUCACGGAGGCAAGGCCGAGUCAUGACUCCUCCAGGUCUGCGCGCGAUUCUAUUGAGGUUACGGGACCAACCACGAACGGGAAGGAUAGCCCUAGUCCGGCGGCAGCUGUAGAAACCAAAGAGGACCAAGCAGAUCUUUCAGCUAUACCAGCAGAACCUACCAUCACUGUUACUGAUUCCCAGGAUGAGAGCGCCAAGACUCCGUCUAAUGACGAGGAAGCAGUGAACGAACCACGAGAGAUGGAAAAGAGUGCCACCGAAUCUCCAUCACAGGAGGAAAUCCACGAGUACAUUGAGCGUAUCGAUGCCUUACAAUCGAAGCUGAAAUAUCUGGCCCAAGAAGCUGCCGAAUCUGCUCGAAAGGCGGCCGCUACAGCUGAGCCCGGAAGCGCAGAAAAACAAAUUCGAGAAAGGGACGAGAAGAUUGCACUUUUGCUAGAGGAGGGGCAGAAGCUUUCCAAGACUGAGAUGGACCACAGAACCCUGAUCAAGAAGCUCCGCCAGCAGAUGGCAGAAAAUACCAAGGCCCAGACUGAAGCAAAGAAGAAAAACGACCGCUUAGAGAGGGACUUGGCCAACGCUGAAGCCAGAGCCAAACGCGCAGAGGCUGCUGAAAAGAGAGCCACCGGGUCGCUUUCCGUCCAGACGAAGACCGCGCGGGAUUUGGAGGCUGUCACAGCUGAGCGGAAUGCUCUGAGUCAGACAGUACAAGAGAUGAAAGGCCAGCUUGCUCGAGCAAAUUCGCGUGCGGAUGCAGCGGAAGCAAAAGCCAAUUCGGAAGCUCUGGAGCGAGAGAAGCAGCGUGCAGAGCAGCUAGAGGAAAGCCUGUCGAGUGUCAAGAUCGAACGCGAGAUCAGCGAGGAGAAGUUGAGACGGGAGAUAGCGGGUCUCAAGGAGAAUAUUGAGCAAGAGAAAGAAAGAGCCCGGAUACUGGAAACCGAGUUGAAGGGGGAGCAGUCAGUUCUGGAAAGUAAGAUGGAGUCACUACGGUCAAGAGCUGAGGAAGCAUCAUCCGGAGUUACGAGCGAUGCACAAGUGAAACUUUUACGACAAAUUGAGACUCUACAGACACAAUAUGCGGUUGCUAGCGAGAAUUGGCAAGCUCUUGAGGGCUCUUUGCUCUCGCGGCUGGCGAAUGUAGAGAAAGAGCGGGAUGAGGUUGCACGCCGUGAGGGAGAAGCGCGACGAAAGAUUCGCGAAGUGAACCUCAAAGUAAAGCGACUGGAAGAGGAACUGGAAAGCGCCCAGGACACGCAGCGCGACCUCACAAACCAGCUCGAGCAGCGUGCGCAAGAGCUGCAAACGGCCGAGCAAAAGCUCAAGAAGGCUGCUGACGAGCUCACUGCAGCGCAACACGAAAUUGCCGAGCAAAAGGCCAUCAGCGAUGCAACCUGGACCCAGAAGCUAGAAGAAGAGCGAGCAAAAUGGCGCGAGCAAGCCGCUCGUACGCCGAACCCUUUCCGACGUACCGAGUCUCCCGUUUCCUUCCAUCGUCCUAGCAAUUUGGAUGUACUGUCUAUGUCCGAGUACCGUCCAACUAGCCGCCGCUCGUCUGCAGUUCCAGGAGCCUCGCCUGACAUCGGGACCCCUCCGCGACAGAACUCCCUUCCUGUGUCGACCACACAGAGCAUUCUGUCUCCUCCGCUUCCUAGUAACGGGCCUAUCUCGCCUGUUCCAGAAACACCAAGUAUUUUGUUUGAAUCGGACGAGUUCUUCAGCGGCUCAGGCACGCCGUCUGCCUUUGGUGGUGCCCCGACUCACUCGAGGGGGAUUAAUGACAUCAUCUCGGAAUCUACCGUCGGCGCCGGUCCUUCGGUGCAACUAGUCGAGCGAAUGAGUGCCACUGUGCGACGACUAGAGAGCGAGCGAGCCGCCUCAAAGGAUGAACUCGCACGCAUCACCGCUCAACGCGACGAGUCCCGCCAACAAGUGGUCGAGCUGAUGCGGGAGGUAGAAGAGAAGAGGAGCUCCGACACACGCGUACAGGAGCUCGAGCAGAAACUCCAGGAGAUCGAUGCACGGUACGAGACAACGCUGGAACUGCUAGGCGAGAAGAGCGAGCAGGUCGAAGAGCUCCAGGCGGAUAUUGCGGAUCUUAAGAAAAUCUACCGCGAGUUGGUGGAUAGUACGAUGAAGUAA